AGAGCUGGAGUACACUACAGGAGGGACAUUGUUCAAAUCCAAUGAGUGAAAGUAGGACAUCAUUUGUUCGACUCUUCGUGGGGUUUUUCCUCAGUGCGACAGGUGCCUGCUGUCCCAUUGAGUUGAGCCCCCCCAGGGUUGUGGUGCGAUAUGAAGACCCUGUCUCAGUCAACUGCAGCACAACAGAAAGCGAGCAUGGUGGAAUGGGCUGGGAGGUUUCACAGGGAGACAUAAGUGGUGAGAAGGACAAGCAUUUACGCUGGAGUUUGGAGAAUCUCACAGACUGGUCCAUGUCACCCAAAUGCUACAUCAACCCACCUGACGAAUUUUCUAAAUGGGAACAGUGCCACUUGAAACUAGAAGUUGUUCUAUACAAAUUCCCAGAGGCCAUCAGGAUCGAGUCCAGUGGUAAUAUGAGAGAUGGGAGGGAAUACACUUUAACAUGUGACAUCGGCUGGGUAGCACCAGUAAAAUAUCUCACUGUGAGGUGGUACAAAGGAGAUACAAUCAUCAAUACAACAACUUUUGACAAUACAAGUAAGGAACCAGUGGAUCUGCACCCUGUCUUCAGCUUAACAUCUACUAGACAAGAUAAAGGAGUCAAGUUUAGAUGUGAGGCACAUUUGGAUCUGGGGCCAGAAGGGCCACAACUUAAAGUGUCUUCAAACGAGAUUACUGAUGAAUUUCUUUUUGGACCAGAUAUUCAAUGUUCUGCUGUGGAGCUAUUCGAGGGGGACAUUUUGGAGACCCUAUGCUAUGCGACAGGAAAUCCUCCUCCCAUUGUUAACUGGCUGAAAAAUGGAGAGACCCUAGAACUGAACUACACUAUGAGCAGGGAAAAAGCAGGGUUGUACACCAUCAAAGCUGAGGGCUAUACGGGUGCAAUGUCCGACGUCAAUGUCUCUGUGAUAUAUGGACCAGAGUUGACGUGUCCAAGCAAUUACACUGCUCAGGAGAACGCUCCUCACAACCUCACCUGCACUGUUAAAGGGUAUCCUGAACCUCAGAUGAUCUGGUACAAAGAUGGCGACGAGGUGAAACUCCCAGACUCCUUCAGCAGAAAUGAUGCAGGGCAGUACUUGAUCACUGCUUCUAACAGAUUCUCAGAUGUCAAUCAAACAGUGGAGCUUGUCAUCAAAUACCCACCAUCACAGAUACUUGAGCUUGAAGACUCCGAAGUCGAGGUUGGUUCUUAUGUGGGGCUCAAGUGCUCCUCCACGGGUAACCCACGACCAACCUAUUCAUGGUCAUAUUACCAGACUGACAAUGUGAAGGACGUAAAUGAUGAUGGAGUGUCACGUCUGGAAAUCCAAAAUGCUACUGCAUACAACAUCGGCAUCUACACAUGUCAGGCCUCGAAUGAGAUAGGAAAUGUCUCUAAAACUGUCAGAAUCACAGUAAAAGGUGCCGAGAAAGUGUGCCCAAUUGAAAUAACUCCAAAGAAAUUGCUGAUACCAUACCGCAGCGCUACAGAGAAUGUAACAUGCACACCAGCAUCUUCCAACAAGAAUGUCAAAGCAUUAUACUGGCACGGCGUCAAUAGCACAGGCACAACUUGGCAAGUUGACACCCAUAAUGACUGGAACCUGAUACCCUUCUGUAAUGCAACAUUUAAUGGAAUAGAGAAAUGCAGUAAACGCUUGGACUUCAUCCUCUACAAAUAUCCAGACAGUGUCUCCAUCCAUCGUGUGGACAACAGCAGCUCAGAGGAGGAUGAAAUCCUCCAGCUGCGAUGUAAUAUUUCCAACGUUGCGCCUUAUCAAAAUGUCACUGUGCGGUGGUACCACGGGAAUAAAACCAUUCAUUCUUCGAGCAACGGCUUAAGGGAAGUGACUGGCUGCCUGCCUGAAAGCAGCACAAACUGUGACAUCAGGACCCCGGUAAAUGUAUCAUAUACCAUCAAUAUCACCAUGAACAGAAAGCUCAACGAAGCAGAGUUCAAAUGUCAGGCACAGUUGAACCUGGGACUAGAGGGACCACAGCCUCCUUAUGAGUCCAGUUCACUCAACAUUACUGUCUAUUCUAAGCCGGUCAUUAAUACCACAAAGCUCCUGGAUGAAAUCGCUGUGUUCGUUGGUUAUCCUGAGGAGCUUGUUUGUGAAGCUGAUGGACACCCAACUCCAAAGAUCCAGUGGCUUUACAGCAACGAAAAUUACGGUUCUGGAGGCAAAAUCAAUGUUACAGAGCCAGGCACCUACACCUGCACCGCCACUAACCAUGUCGGUUCUGUAACCCAUGAGGUCAAAGUGAAUUUAGAAGUGGACUACCUGCCCCUCAUAGCUGGAUUUGUGGCUCUCACAGUAGUGAUCAUCUCCGUCAUCUUCUGCUUCAUUUACUCCAUCUACUACAAGAAUACCAAGAUGCGCCACUACAGCCUUAAAAAGCCAAAUCUUAGCACCCACAAUGGCAACGUUGCUCACAAUGGUUGGGACCUGCAAUUUCCUAUGACGAAACUCAUAUUCAACUCUUUGUUGCGUGAAGUAAGAGGAGUCUGGGCACAGAAAGAGUCGGAAAAAGUCUUUGUUCACCUGGACCAUUCUCUUGUAGCCGUGAAAGUGUUGCUGGUUUACUUCGUCGCGAAAGUCACCAUGCUGUUCUUCAUAUUCAGCUACAUAAUUGCGUUUGCAGGAAAGCCUGUGAGUGCCCCCUGUCCUCUUCAGAUAAUUCCUCCCAGAGUUGUGGUGGGAUAUGGAGACCCCUUCUCAGUCAACUGCAGUUGCGACUACAGCUUGGACCAGAUAGAAAACAUGGGCUGGGAAUCGCCAAAUGGAGCCGUACCUGCGACAGAGAGUGUGACUUCUCUUCUCUUAAAAGCAAAUGCGACAGAGUGGACCAUGGAGCCAAAAUGUUACACCAAUCUUCUUGAUGGGGAACAGUGUUUACACCGUCUUAAAGUCACCAUUUACAAAAUGGCAGACAAUGUGUCUGUUUCUCCUCAAAGUCAAAUGGGCCCCAUGGUGGAGGGCAAAACAUAUAGCAUGAAGUGUGACAUUGCUAAUGUUGCACCAGCAAGGGACACCUCUGUGUAUUGGCACAAAGGAAAUAAGAUAGUCUAUACUGAGUCAUUUAAGAAGGAGUUAAAUCGAUAUCCAGUCAAUCUGUCAUCUGUCUUCAAUCUGACUGCCCAGCGAGAUGAUAACGGAGCGCAGAUCUGGUGUGAGGCAAAGCUGAACUUUGGGCCAUCGGGACCAAACCUUCACCCAAUGAAAUCAAGUUCACGUGGAGUGAUUGUAUUAUACCCACCAACCUUCACCCAACCUGAAAAAGAGACGGUGACUCUUAAAGCUGGUGGUAAAAUAGAUUUAAAUUGCACUGCUACAGGAAACCCCAUGCCAUCAUCAUACAGCUGGCAUCCCUCAGACCUCAUGCCAGAGAACAAUGAGAAACAACCAAUUUUGACCGUCACCCGCGCAGGAACCUACAACUGCACAGUGUCUAAUACACAGGGCACCAGCACUAAAUAUUUCAUUGUCACCAGUGCUGCAAGGGAUCACACAGUCCUUGCAGGCCUCCUUGGAGGAUUUGGGGCCCUGGCAGUCGUGCUCCUCAUUGUCGGGUAUUUUACCCUGAAGCCUGACGGCACAUUUUCUUUCUGCAAUGGACAGUCUCCCUCCAGGGUUGUGGUGGGCUUUGGGGAGCCAGUGUCAGUCACCUGUGAAGCUGCUCGCCCAGUGCGUGUCCUAGGUUGGGAAUCAGUCAUCAGUGCUGCACACACUCAGCAGGAACUGUCGGUCCAGUGGAAGGUAGACAGUCUCAUUGACUGGAUAGAGGAGCCCAUCUGCUAUGGAGUGUUUUUCACAGCUCCGCGACAGUGUGAGGAGAAACUCAACCUCGUCCUCUACAAAACCCCAGACAGCGUCUCCAUCAGACCUGUGAACCACACUGGGCCCAUGGUGGAAGGAAAAGAGUACCAGCUGCUAUGUGAGGUUCAGAAUAUUGCUCCUGUUCAGUACCUCACACUGAGGUGGUACAGAGGGCAGACUGAGGUUUAUAAUCACUCCUUUGUCGACCUUACAUCUCCUUCGCCUGUCCAAGUGUCUUCUAUCCUCAUGGUCACGCCAACCAAAGCUGAAAACGGAGCACAGUACAGGUGUGUAGCAGAGCUGGAGCUUGGACCAGAGGGACCACAACCACCUCCCACUGUGACCUCUGAGCCUCUUAAUGCCUCUGUGUACUUUCCCCCAACGAUCCUCAAUCCUGAACCAGAAGUUGUGGACCUUACAGUGGGCAGGACCUACACUUGCACCGCCUCCAAUAAACUGGAGAAGAAGAGCAAGCAGUUCAUUGUCAAGGCCAAGACCAAAGGGGUUUGA